UUGCCGUUCUUCCAUAAGGUUUCAAAAUCGUGAUCCAAGCCACGUGAGGGACAGGCUUUCAAUGAGGCUGUACUGCUCCAACUUUCUCUACUUCCUUGCCGGGCCCGCUGUGCCAAUCAUCUUACUGAUUAGUGUGUGGGCUUAUGUGACUCUGUGUUGAACCGAUGUGGAUCACAUGCUCUGAAGUCUCUGGAAAACCGGGGUUCAUCAACCCUGACUACCCCCGUUCUCGUUGUCAACCAUAGCGGUUCUGAGGUAAUGAGCCCAGGGGUACAGAUGUCAAGUUAGCGUUUGAUGAUGAUGAAAUUAACAUAUACUCAGGCUGCAUAUGAGCUCUACUAUCUUCAGCGGACGACAUAAAAGGAAGACGGUCAUUGUUUCAAGUUCGUUCAGGAUGGGUCAGUGUGCGGAUCUCAACGAACGUCAAACUGUCGUAUAUGUCGAAGUUGUGUCCGCAGCGGUUUUGCUGUUCGACUUCUGCAUUACUUUCGACUCGGAGGUUCGCUGGACAUGGGGGAGGAAGUGGGAGAUCAUGAGGAUAGCCUUUGUCAUUUCUCGCUAUCUGCCGAUUGCAAGUGUUGUUAUGUACCUAUAUUACAACGUCCAGUCACUUCAAAGGGGAAUCCCUAAUCCUGGAGUGUUCAUUGCCGUAGAUGGCACCAUCACUACCUUAGGUUCUGCUGCUGCUGACGUGCUGCUUGUCGCAAGGACAUAUGUGUUUUGUGGGGGCGAAAAGAGGAUUUUGAUCGCAAUAUCGUCAUUUGGCAUGGCCACAAUGGCAGCUAUGCUAACAGUUAUAAUUAUUGUCGCGAGUCAAUCCGGAAAUCCUCGGUGUGGCGCAUGGGAAGGACAACAAAGCAUCAUUUAUGGUUUGCACACAAUCUUUCAGCUUGUGUUAAUGUUCCUGACACUCUACAAACGCUUCAAAUUUCACCGAACGGAGAAUGGUCAAUUGGUUACUACUAUAUAUCGGGAUGGUGUAUUUUACAUGUUGUGCAUUACUCUGUUUUCGAUGAUGAACUGGGUCCCCAUGCUUAUGCAUCCUUUAUCAUUUGUUCGCGGUUUCUAUGGGCCAGGCCCACAGACAGUCGUGCGCAGUGUUCUCGCCUCGCGCAUCCUAUUCAAUCUACGAGCAGCGAACGAAUCGGGGGAUGUUAUUGAAAACCUGCCGGUUGCCCCGAGGACGGUCUUUGCUCAACGGAUCCAAACAGCGUCUUGUGUGGAUCAUUUAGAACUGUGGGAUAAUACGGGCCUGUAACUUAUUUUUCACUAUAGUUCUGUUAGACAUAACUGAAAACUCAACACGCUCGUUCUUUGUACGCCUUUCCAAUACUUUGCCAUUCUAGCGUCUCGAACUUCGGCAUUAAAACUCUGGUGGACGACAAGGCUAGAUUCACAUCAUUACUGUUGGUGAAGAUCGAGGAAACAUAACGAGCCCGCAAAAUCGUGAACUGGGCACUGCCAUGGAGCGAGGUGGUGAAGGGUGUGAAAAUCGAC